CAAGUAAUGUAAUUAUUUAUUUAAAAUCGUAAUAGAGAAUAAUUUGCUCGUUGAUUACAAAAUUAAAAAAAAAGUGUUGAUAAAAAUAGAGAGAUUGACAACUGACAUUGAUCGAAAAGUAGUAGUAUAAAAAGCAUACACAGUCCGGAGAGAAGUAAAUAUCAGAGCUAUUAAAUCAUAUAAAAAUAUACCAGUCAUGCCCACUCGAACUAUCUAAAGUAUUAUAGAUCGAGUUUCAGUUAUGGACAUCUCUAAUGAUCCUAAUGACCCAAUAAGAAGUUCUUAAUCCGAUACUAAAAUUAAUUCAAGAGUCAGACACUAAGAGGAAUACAUAUUUUCAAGUGGUCAAAUUUACUCCAAAAAGUUUCAUCUCAUCUUCAUUGCCUAGCACUCAAUUUUUUUAUUUUUUAUAGUUUAUUAAAAGAUAAAAAGUAAAUUCAUUUAAUUGACAUAUUAAUUAUAAAUUAUUGUUUGUGAUGGACUAUCUCAGUUGUGAUAAAAAUGAAUAGUUGUCUUGUUUUUAAAAAUUAGGAGUAUGAAAGUGGAGACUGAAGCAUAAGUAAAAGUAUAAAGGCAGUAGUAGUAGUAUUGGAAUAACUUAAAUCAUCAGCUGUGACACGUGGUAGACAAAGCGGUGUUAGAGGUUGUGACAAGUCUGAAUUGGCUUGCAAGCUUCACCCAUCACCCAGCUAUUUGGAACACGCGGGGUAUCGCGGGUAAAAGCGCAUGUGUGAUGUGCAUCUAGUAGUGGAGGAUGUUUACGCGUCGGCGCGGAAUUUAGUGACGUCUUGAUGGUGAUGGCGUAAAAAGCUUAAGAAGGGACUGUUAGUCUUUCAGCUUGUGGUCUGUCGAUUUUAUAGACGACUACUCUGCUCAGAGUACUGCUAAGUUGACCAUAGUGUGGGUCGUGGUGGUGUAGUGGCAUGUAGCUAGUGGCCGCGCCGUACCGACGUCAACCGUCGUACGUACGUCGCCGUCGUAUUUAUUAUUGUUGUUGUUAUUGUUGAUGUGACAAAUAAUAAUAAUAAUAAUCAUCACUAUCAUUGACAUUAUUUUACAUUAUCGUAAUCAUCAGCACCAUCAUCAUCAUCAUCAUUAUCAUUACUGUCAUUCUCAAUAAUAUUUACAGUUUUAAAUUACGAUUGUAAAAAAAAGUGUAAUUUGGACUAAAUAUUGUAAGAAAAAAUAUCGGUGAAGAAAAGUCUUUGAUAUAUGAAGAGAUAAAAUUUUCUAAGGCUUGGUGUGGAUAAAAUACGUCGGCUCGCGUCGCUCCGAGUGAGCUUGCGCACGUUCUUUUAUCAGGGUGACAUAGGAGCAGCCGCCUGAAUAGUCAACGACGUGCGCCCUCCCUCGGUUACGAAUUGGAGCCGAUGCCAGCAGAUCGUAACCAUCCAGUGGCCCGCUCCGUUUGACGGAUGCGCGAAUCGUAAAAAGAAAAAAAAAAAAUUAAAAGAAACUCUUAGACCCCAGUAGUGAUGGUCAGCUGUGUUGUAGUGGGCACAUCAAGGCAAGCCUCCGGAAAUGCGCCUUAGGCACGUCGAACUCGUUAAACGGGAGUGCCCUUGGCAGCAGCGAAAUGUUCGCGUACGGUUUCGAAAUAACAUAGAAGAAAUGUAAUGUGGUAGCGCGUUGCGCCUUGCGUAGCUUCACGGUGAAAAUCUGGCGUGAACGGCGCCGCGGUGGAACGGGGAACAUGGCGUCGGCCUCGGCCAAUACUCCAGCUAGCCACGGGCACAGCUUUAGACAGAAAACGUUCCACAAACCUACGUUCUGCCAUAGCUGCACCGAUCGGCUCUGGGGCAUCAUUGGACAGGGGAACUACAUCUGCGAAGUUUGCAACUUCGUGGUGCACGAACGCUGUCUUACGGCCGUCGUGUCUCCCUGCUCCAGCAUCGCGGCAAGCCUCAUUAAGAAUCCGGUUGCACACUGCUGGUCCGAACCGGUACAUCAUAAAAAGAAAUUUUGCAAUGUUUGUCGAAAACGUCUUGAGGACACGUCUCCGUCCGUACACUGUGAAAUUUGCGAGUACUUUGUGCACACGGACUGUCAAGACUUUGCUUUGGCGGAUUGCAAGGAAAAUGCAACGUACCUGCCGGGAAAGGACCUGUCGUCAGUUACUCAAGCACAUCACUGGCGUGAAGGAAACCUACCGACCAAUUCAAAAUGUGCUGUAUGCAAAAAAGGUUGCUGUUCCACUGAGUGCCUGUCGGGAUUUCGAUGCGAGUGGUGUGGCAUGACGUUACACUCGUAUUGCCGCAAAAGUCCGGCCGUGAGACAAGAAUGCACCUUUGGAAGUUUAGAACCGAUUUAUCUACCUCCAUACGCAAUUAGCAUCCCGCGAAGUGAUGUGCCGAUGGAGGCAAUCAUCGGUGUACAUUCUCGACGGAGAGAAAUCUCAACGCAUAACACCGGAGAGCAAUUUGAUUUUGCUGAGAGCGAACGAAUUGGGGCGACAGGUCAUCUGGCCGAAGCUUUCAGGCGCCUUUCACUAGUUUUUCCACGUAGCUGCCAUGGAAAUUGUCAUGCUUCCCCUCCUUAUGUUCGAGCGCGAAGUAUUUCCGAGGAAUUUAGUAGCGGAGACACUAAAAAUCGUGACAGCGAUGAUGCAAUGCAACCCACCAGCGGUCACAAUAAAGAUCCUAAAUCUCCAAAGGAUAAGGACGAUAAAGAACGAGGUGAUGAAGAAAUGAUUAAAGUUUACGAUGGCAAUUUGUCCUUCAAGCGAAAAAUAUUCCGGGUAAUCUCAAUACCUCGGCAAGCAACUACAGCGGAAGUUCUCGCGGCGGCUCUUAAAGCGUAUCACAUUACGGAAGUACAUCCGAAUCUUUUUUAUCUAACUGAUUUGUACGCUCCCGAAGAAACGCGAUUGUGGGAUCCAACGCCAGUGCUUAAUUUACAUCGUAAAGAAGGAAAACGUCGAGGUGUUUUUCUGCGACACAAAGACCAGCUCAAUGGUGAAGUUCGUGUCUAUCCCGGCAAACUAAAUACAUCGCAAUCUUAUUGUGAAGUACCAAUAAAUGAGGAUACGACAGUUGCUGAUCUUAUGCGCGAAGCACUCGUUCGAUUUGGUGAAGAAAAUUCCAAUAUUGAAGACUAUCGAUGUAGUGAAGUUCUCAUGGAUCGCGAUGUUACGGAGAGAGUGUUGGACACUGCCGAAAAGCCAUUGGAGAUAUUAAAACAAUUAGGAAAAGAUUCUAUUAGACAACGUGAACUAAUGAGAUUUUAUCUACAAUUAAAACAAGAUCCGCACGGUUCUAAUGUUGCACUGUACGUUGCCAAUUUACCAGCAAGUUUAAAUGAGAAAGUUUAUGAAAAUAUUCUCAUUGAUUUUUUAGGAAUAGAAAACAAAUUUACGUCGAUUGGUCCGAUUUAUUAUGAACACGGAUGCAUGGUGAUUAUAUACGAAGAUCUAGAAAAGGCUGUACGUGCACUUUAUAUUCUACGUGAAUCGAAGUAUGAAGACAAAAAUUUGUUAGUGAUGCUUUUACCAAGUAUUGAACCAACAAUGAUACCAGCGGGUGUCCAACCACUCCUGGUAUUUGUCAACGUCAAAUCGGGUGGAUGCCAAGGCCACGAAUUAGUCACCAGUUUCCGCAAACUCUUGAAUCCAUACCAAGUAUUUGACUUGGACAAUGGCGGUCCUCUUCCCGGAAUGUACAUGUUUCGGCAUAUAAGGAAUUACAAGAUACUUGUUUGCGGUGGCGAUGGCACGAUAGGAUGGGUAUUACAGUGUUUAGACAAUGUAGGACAAGAUAGUGAGUGCUCGUCACCAGCUUGUGCAAUUGUCCCCUUAGGAACGGGUAACGAUCUUGCACGAGUAUUGUGUUGGGGACCGGGUUAUACUGGUGGUGAAGAUCCAAUUAAUCUUCUACGAGAUGUUAUCGAUGCUGAAGAGAUUAUGCUUGACAGGUGGACUGUUGUAUUUCAUCCUCAAGAUCAAGAUGAUGCUACGGGAGCUGGAUCGACGAGUGAAGAUAACGCACAAAUGUUUGUUAUGAAUAAUUACUUUGGUCUUGGUAUUGACGCUGACCUGUGUCUGGGUUUUCACAAUGCGCGCGAAGAAAAUCCAGAUAAAUUCAACAGUCGAUUGCACAAUAAAGGAGUCUACGUUAAAAUGGGAGUAAAGAAAAUGUUGGAUCGAACGUGCCGUGAUAUGCAAAGGAAAAUUAGGUUGGAAGUUGAUAAUAAAGUGAUCGAUUUACCACCACUUGAAGGAAUGAUUAUUUUAAACAUCCAAAGUUGGGGUUCUGGAGCAAAGCCAUGGGGCGAUGGCCCAGACGAGCAAUUCCGUAAACCGAAUCACUACGACGGUUUAUUAGAGGUCGUAGGAGUUACAGGCGUUGCACACUUGGGACAAAUCCAAUCUGGUUUCCGCUCAGCUAUGAGAAUAGCACAAGGUGGGCACAUAAAAAUACAUUUGAGUUCGGAUGUGCCAGUUCAAGUUGACGGCGAACCGUGGACCCAGACUCCAAGUGUCGUAGUUAUUCUUAAGUCUGCCCUCAAGGCUGCGAUGCUGAAGAAGACCAAGGGUAAAGUCAAGCGACGGGAUACUGAUGCAAAUAUGCCAUCAACAGGACCACUACCAACAACAUCCAACGAUCCAACGGAUCCAGAGGUAUUCUGAACUAUAUGUCAACCUCAAUGUCUACUAUGGUGCUUCUGAUUGUAGAUCAUCACACGGUGUAAAUUUUAUUUAAAUUAUUAUUUUAUUUAUACAAUAAUAACAUACUGAAGUGAUAAAUUUAAUACGUUUAUUAAACAUUAAUCAAUGAUAUGUUACCGUUACCGAUUUAUGACGUUGAGUGAUUAUUUAUUAUAAACUGAUAUACAUAUAUUUACAGUACUAAUAUAUGUACAGAUUUUAAAUAUAAGUAGUAUAUAUACUUUAUUACAACGUAUAUUGCUGGUUACUAUGUGAGAGAAAAGUGAAAUCCCUUCUUCCCUUGAGGCAAAAAAAUAAUAAUCGCCACAAUUUAAAGACAACAUAUAUUUAUUUAUAACUUAAAUGUGACUAUAAUUAAAUACCGACGUGUUAGAUAAGAAUUAUAAAAUAAAAUUAAAACAAUAAAUUAUUAUCCGGGCACAAGAAAUUUAUAAUUAUUAUUAUCAAUGACAAGUGCCCGGUAUUUAAAUUUAUUUUUACGCAUAAAAAUAGUUUAAUUAAAAUGUUUAUCAACAAAAUAUCAUUUUUAAAUGUUCACAAUCAUAGCACACUGUAGUUUUAUUGAUAAAUAUUUUUUUAGUACACACACUUGGAUAGAUUUUAAAAUUAUUAAAACUGCACAAAAAAAUAUACAACUUAUCUGUUAUUUAUUAUUAUUAUUAUUUUUUUUUUAUCAAAUUUGAUUUUUUAAAUUAGAUCGUUAGUUGAAAUGUGAUGACGACAAAUACCAAAAUAAAUAAAAAUAAUAAUCUGUAUUGUAUAUUAUGUUUCAUAUAUAUGAUCAAAUUGUAUACUAAAUUAUAUAAAUCAAUAACAAUUAUUUAAAAAAUUAAUAUUAAUGGCAUUGAUAACACGUCGUAUCAAUGGCCAUUAACAAAAAAUUAAUAAUUAAUGUGACUUGUUAUUGAUUAAUUAUUAAAUUUAAAACAAAAAUAUUUAAAAUUUAAACUGUAUUAGUAAUUAAAAAGUUUUGUUUUUGUGAUUGUUAAAUCUGACUGCAGGGCAGUCUGGAAUAAAUAUUUAAAAAUACCAACCAGUUGCAGUCAGUUUUAUCUAGGACACAGUUAUUUAUUAAAUUAAUUAAUUAAUAUAACUUAUGUAGAAAAAAAAAAUAAAUUAAAUUUUAAAAAUUAAUAAUUCGAGACCGCGGGCACGGCGUCUUUACCAAUUCGUCUUUCAACUUAAUUAAAAUAAAUAUUAAGUUACAAUAAGACGAGUUGGUAACGUCCGAUAACUAUAUGUACAAAUAAACGGACUCGGCUCAUACAAAUUUUUUUAAUAAUAAUAAUAUAAUUAUUAAAUUAUAUAAUUAUGUAAGUUAAUAGUAAAAGAAAUUUGUAUGAGCCCUGAUAGGAAAAUAUUAAAAUAAAAUGUCACUUAAAUGUACAAUUUAAUUUAAAAAAUAAAGUAUGCCAAAGAAUAAAUUUAAAAACGUGUUCACUUGAGUUGUUCUGACACGUCGCGAUCAUUAUGAACGAUUGAUAAAAUAAAACUAAAAAAUUACAAACUAAAAUUUUUGUGAAAAAAAUAAUACAAUUUGAAAUUAAAAAUACCAUUUAAAUUAUAUAUUAUUAACCCUGCGUGUGUACACUGGGUCUUUGGAGGAGCAGUCAAUUUUUAAAAAAAUUCCAUUCUUUCGAUUAAUUUUAAAUUUUUGAGCGGUAAUUUCUGGAUCAUGUAUUAGAUACUUUAAAAAGUAAUCCAGAACUUUUUAAGAUUUUUUGAAAGCCUAGAAACUGAAAACUUGACUGUUUUCUAAAAGACCCAAUGCACAUACCGUGACUCGAAAAAUAAAGUGUACACAUGCAGGGUUAAUAUAAAAAAAAAUAACAUGCGGAACCAUCCCAGGGUGAUUCUGCAGCACAGACACUGUGAGUCAAUCAUGGAACGAGUAUAAUCGAGGCAAUUUAACGCGUUUUAUAAUAAUACCAAUAAUAAUUAUUAUAAAAUAUUGAACUUAUAUAAAAUUUAAUUAUUUAAAAUAAAUAUAUCGCCGAGUAGUAGGUUCUAGCGAGGGAGAGUUUUCUUCGAUUUAUCGAAUGUAUGUUAUAGAUUGGCGUCAUUCGAUUGAUAGAGACAAUUCAGGUGCCAAAAAGAUGUAUAUAAUAAUAUAUAUAUAUAUAUGUAUGAAGAAAAAAAAUUUAGCGCGUAAGAUGUGGUUAAGAAUUUAAAAAAAUAAGGGAGUUAAUAAGAAAAUUAAUAUCAUUGUGACGUAUGUAUUUAUUUGUGUAUACGAUACGCUGAUGAAUUUUAAUUACGUGGUCGUAAAAAAGAUAUAUAUAUAUAUAUAUAUAUAAAUUAAAAAUUAAAUAAAUAAAUAAACGCGUAAAAUUUGAAUGUAAAAUCCGAGUUCAAUGAGCAUUUACCGUAAUAAGGUGUAAAAGGGACUCACGUGGGCUGUGUUGCGAUGCUUGGGUCAAUUAAAUUCGGAGUGAAAUACAUUAAGAUUGAAAGAAGCUGAUGACAUAUAUGUAUAUGCCUUGGUAAUAAGGAAUGUGUACGUGAGAGUAUGAUUAAGUAAGAAAGUGUGAAAGAGUAUAUUGUAACUAAACAAAAAAAAAAAAAAAAAAAAAAAGUUGUAAAGAGCGAAAAUAAUAAAUUCAAUAACAGAUAAGAGUCGCAGGUGAUAUCCGAUAUACAGACACUUAGUUUGUGUUAUAAAAGCGCUUGUAGAACGCGCUCUUGCACCUAGUCGACUAAUCCCGUAGACUCCGCUGGAUGUCUUAACAAAAAUAUUAAAAAAUUUAAAACCAGAUAAAUAAUUAACAAAAACAAAAACAAAAUACUAUUUAUUAAUUGAACAAAAAAUAAUAAACAUAUGGAAAUACAUAAAAUUAAUACCAAAAGGCCAAAUUUAUAAAUGGACGCCCUCGUGUCCGGAUGAUCGAAUGGCAUCUAUCCUCUAACCUGCCGUAUUUGUAUGGGGCUCAGUCACUCAUACGGUUCAUCCGGACUUACCGUAUGAUUGUCACAUUUACGGCAGAUUGGCGAAUACAUUAUAAUAUAUCACGUUUGUUAAUCUGACCAAACUGUAAUACUGUAAUACUUGCUGUUGCUAUAAAAGAUAGACGAAUAAUAAGCUAUGAACAAUCUACGUAUAAUAAAUGAAUAUAUGUGCUGUAACAACUUA